AUGGCUCCAGGCGGCGGUGGAAAUAUUAAGGUGGUGGUGCGAGUGCGGCCUUUCAACAGUCGAGAGAUCGAGCGAGGCGCAAAAUGUAUCGUGUCUAUGAAAGGCUCCCAGACCGUGCUCACUCCUCCACCCGGCGCAGAGGACAAAUCACGGAAGGGUGGAAAGGGCGCCGUUGAAGGGAACAAGGUCUUCGCCUUUGACCGAUCAUAUUGGUCAUUCGAUAAGAAUUCAAUGACCUCUUCGACGAUCUGGGUUCUCCGCUUCUGGACAAUGCCUUCGGGGGGUUACAACAAUUGUAUCUUCGCUUAUGGCCAGACAGGUUCGGGAAAAUCAUACUCCAUGAUGGGUUACGGCAAAGAAUACGGUGUGAUUCCACGGAUUUGCCAGUCGAUGUUCGAGCGCAUCAGAUCCAUCCAGACGGACAGUUCUUUAAAUUGCACCGUCGAGGUGUCAUACCUCGAAAUCUACAACGAGCGGGUUCGCGAUUUGCUCAACCCGUCAAAUAAAGGCAACCUGAAAGUCCGUGAGCAUCCUUCAACGGGUCCUUAUGUCGAGGACCUGGCCAAACUUGUCGUCGGAUCCUUCGAAGAAAUCGAGAACCUGAUGGACGAGGGUAACAAAGCCCGAACGGUUGCCGCGACGAACAUGAACGAAACGUCAAGUCGAUCACAUGCUGUUUUCACCUUGACUCUGACACAGAAACGACACGACAAAGAGACUUCGAUGGAUACUGAGAAGGUGUCGAAAAUUAGUUUGGUUGAUUUGGCUGGUUCAGAAAGAGCUAACUCGACUGGAGCCACCGGUGCGCGAUUGAAAGAGGGUGCGGAGAUCAAUCGUUCAUUGUCAACGCUUGGUCGUGUCAUUGCUGCACUCGCGGAUAUCUCUGCUGGCAAGACCCCUGCCAGCAAGAAGAAGAAUGCAUCCAUGGUACCAUAUCGUGAUUCGAUCCUAACAUGGUUGCUGAAGGAUUCUCUGGGUGGUAAUUCCAUGACCUCCAUGAUUGCAGCAAUUUCUCCUGCAGAUAUCAACUUUGACGAAACUCUUGGUACUCUGCGAUACGCCGACUCGGCGAAACGAAUUAAGAACCAUGCUGUUGUGAACGAAGAUCCGAAUGCACGUAUGAUUCGUGAACUCAAGGAGGAACUGGCACAACUCCGAUCAAAACUUGGAGGGGAGUAG